UUCUCAUCGUCGAGUUCGAUGAGCCCUGCUCCGUGCCUUCCUUUUCAGGAAUCACCCAGGAUCGCGGUCGGCUCGCAGAAGGACUAUUUUAAAAGCCCUAUCUUAAAAAACACUGGCUUUUCCUCAAAUUCCGGUCUGUCUUUGAUUGACUCUGCUUUCUUCUAUCGUCUAAAAGCCUUCCAGUUCUUCAGGGUAGACGAUCCCGUCAGCACUGGUGGAGCAGCUGUUGGCGACAGAUGUGUAUGGGUUUCUGAAAGCGGGAAUCAUAAGGGCACUAUAAAGUUCAUUGGUCACCUCAAAGGACAUAGCAGUCUGUAUGCUGGCGUGGAUUUCGACGAAAUGGUUGGAAAAGGCACGGGUGUCUUCCAAGGCGAAGUGUUGUUCCAGACUCCGGAGAAUCAUGCCGGUUUUGUACUUCUCUCCGCUUUGGAAAUCAUUCCGCAAUCUGUUGUAACGGUUGCAGACGGUCAGAAUAGGCAUCUUCCGUUGAUUCAAAAGCAGUUAAGUUUUGGUCCUUUAGGAAGUUGUGUGGAAGUUUGUCAUCUCGGGGCUUGUCGUAUGGGAGUCAUUCGAUGGAUUGGCGAUGCGAUGAGUGACGAUCGUGACCACAUUGAGCGAAGUGCAGUAGUCGAAUUGGAUGAAACGUCUCCAUCUGGUUGGCGUCCUGCCUACGAAGCUCCCAUGUCAAGUGCAGCUGAUAUUAUGAAUGGUGUUCUUGUGCCAACGUCCGCUCUUCGACGAGAUCGACGUAUUGACCACAGCGCUGCGUAUAGUGGAGCAGGCUCCUCUGGGGUACAGACAUUCCUGAAAUUUGUAGAGCCAGCGCAAUGUUUACUUCCAGGCCGGUCGGAUUUCGGUAGCAUCGAUAGCGGAGUCGAACCAACGAAAUGUGAACCCUGGAAGAUCACUGAAGAUCUCGUGGGCCGCAUGAAAGGCAUUCAAGGACACAAGAAUAGCUGCUAUCUUGACGCUACAUUGUAUGCUAUGUUCGUGCAAAGCACUGCUUUUGAUAGAUUACUUGAGCGACCAGCGACCAGAGAUGACAUACCACAAUAUCGGGAACUUCAACGUUUGCUGGCCUCUGAAGUAGUAUAUCCUUUGAGAAAGUUCCACUAUGUCCGUGCUGAUCACAUCAUGAAGGUUCGCGAAUUGUUAGCGAAGUGUCUACCACAUAUGCGAGGGCUGACUAGCGAAGAGAAGGACCCAGAAGAGGUGCUGACGGCUCUUUUUGGAGAACUACUCAGAGCACCACCUUUGGUUGAAUUGAUGUUGGUUUUUCAUUACUUAUUUACGUACAGGGUGGUAACAAUUUUACAUGUAGUCCGAUGGUGCUAUCUCCUUACUAUAUGGGGUGAAGGACAUCUCACACGAGCUCCAAUACGUGUUGUCUGGCGUUAUCGUGGUGGAAGACAAAGCCCUAGGAUUGGCCAGUUCUGGGCGCUUCUGGUUUAUCGCUGUGCUCAAAUCAACUAG